AUGGGAAGCCUCUCAUACAAUAAUUCGCCAGACCUUGGCUGGGUCGUCCAGAAGUUCGGUGGUACCAGCGUGGGCAAGUUCCCCGACAAGAUUGCAAAAGACAUCGUCAGAGCCACCUUGUCUCAAAACAGAGUCAUCGUAGUAUGCUCUGCGAGAAGCACAGGCAAGAAGGCAGAGGGUACCACCAGCAGACUUCUGGCCGUCUAUGUCAAGUUGAGAGGUGUCGGUGCUGCUAUAUGCUCUGACGAAGAGCAGCAGAACGAAUUGGUUGAGCAAGCACGCGGAUUGAUGCUCGAUAUUUGCAACGACCAUGUCUUUGCCGCUGAAUCAUUCAUCAAGGACCAAAAUCUUCGUGAGACGCUCAUCCAGACCGUCAAGGAUGAGUGUCAGGAGCUGGUUGAGUACAUCGUGGCUGCUAAGCGAUUCAACCUCGAAAUCAACUCAAGAGCAAAGGACCGUGUCAUCAGCUUUGGCGAGAAGUUGAGUUGUCGAUUCAUGACGACUCUUUUGCAGGAUGUGGGAGUCGAAUCUGAAUAUGUCGAUCUCUGCGACGCAUUCCACUAUGACGCCGCAGGCCGUCUCGAUGACAGAUUCUACCGUACAGCUACUGAGGCUUUUACCCGCAAGAUUGCUGCUUGUGAGAACCGCGUCCCGGUCGUCACUGGAUUCUUUGGAAAUGUCCCCGGCAGUCUCAUUGACGGCGACAUUGGACGUGGCUACACCGAUCUUUGUGCCGCUCUUCUCUCUGUGGGCGUCAAGGCUGAGGAGCUGCAAGUCUGGAAGGAGGUCGAUGGUAUCUUCUCAGCCGACCCCUCAAAGGUUCCCACAGCACGCCUCCUCUCAUCCAUCACCCCCUCGGAAGCAGCUGAGUUGACUUUCUACGGCUCAGAGGUCAUUCACCAUCUUACCAUGGACCAAGUCAUCCGCGCCGAGCCUCCUAUUCCUAUUCGUAUAAAGAACGUCAAGAACCCCCGUGGUAACGGCACCAUUGUUGUUCCUGAUCGUAUGCGCUCUGCUAGUCAUCAGCUUACUCGCGGUUCUCCCACCCCCAAGACUGAGGCAGAACACCGAAAGCCCAAGCGUCCUACUGCCGUUACCAUCAAGGACCAUAUCAGUGUCAUUAACGUACACUCUAACAAGAGAUCCAUCUCACACGGUUUCUUCGCUCGUGUCUUCUCUAUUCUCAACCAUUACUCCAUCUCCGUCGAUCUUAUCUCUACCUCUGAGGUGCACGUUUCCAUGGCCAUUCAUGCUAGCAGCCAGCAGGUCGAGGCUUUCGCUAAUGCGGCCGCGGAGCUUGCUGAUUGCGGCGAUGUAAGUAUCCUCACCGACAUGGCAAUUCUGAGUUUGGUUGGUGCCGAGAUGAAGAACAUGGUUGGUAUCGCAGGACGCAUGUUCUCUACUCUUGGUGAGCACAACGUCAACCUCGAGAUGAUUUCACAAGGUGCUAGCGAGAUCAACAUCUCUUGUGUGAUAAGUGCACGGGAUGCCACUCGCGCUAUGAACGUGUUGCAUACCCAUCUUUUCACUUUUCUCGAGUAA